AUGACCGAUCACUUAUCAGAGAGCCACAAACGCACAGAACAGAAGCUCCUUCAAUAUAAAAAAUGUCUACGUGACUCCUCAUUCUAUAAACUGAUACACGACUCUCUUGCACAUGCCCCAUUCAAACAUGUACGAUGCCUAGCUCUUGGUUCACCUACAGAUGAGUUCCAGGCGCUAUACCAGUUGGCGCUUUUGCAUUUACUAAUAGAAGACUACAAGAUCUCUCCCGAGAAUGUUUCUUUCCACGAUCCGGCUUUUACUCAGGAUGACGUGGAGUAUCUUUCCGUUGCACAUGGGCAUCUAGUAGAGGAGAGUUGUGAUUGGGAUAGUGGUGCUACCUUAUACUAUAUGCCUCAUUCACCCAGGAGCCUCACAGAAACAAUUAUGAAUGAAAAGAACGUAUGUUGGAUAUUGGGCAAUGAUCUCACGGUGACCAUGGGAACUCUUAGCGCCGUGAAGUUCCUUCAAGAGUGUCCAACCUUAGCAACAGCGGUUCACAUCAAUGAAAAAGACCAGCCAAGAAAAGCUCCUGAAGAUGGAUUUACUCCUGUCAUUAAGAAAAAGCGAAAGGGUCGGGCCAAUAAGUUGGUCUACGUAGAAACAGAGCUCGACUACAAAGUGGACAGCGUGUACUUCGAAAAAGUUAUAAUUACUCCACUAAAAUGUCCCAAAGACUCUCCAUGGAGACUGUCAUUCAGUGAUCUAGCUUUCAAUGAACUACAGUUGAAAACCAAUACCACAGAGGAAGCGGCAUCACAGGAAUUAUCACAAGAAAAAUCAUCAACCUGA